AUGGUAGAACUUGAAGGAAUGUUAAUUCAACGAACAUUAGCUGAAAACUAUGCUUCACAAUGUGGAUUUUGUACACCAGGAAUGUGUAUGUCACUCUAUGAUACAUUGAGUAAUUGUUCAACAGAAAAACAACCAACAUUACAUGAUAUAGAAGAUUCAUUUAAUGGAAAUAUUUGUCGUUGUACAGGUUAUCGACCAAUUUUAGAUGGUGCAAAGAAAUCUUUUGCAGAAAAAGAUAUUCCACAACAAUUAAUAGUCGAUUUUCCAAAAGAAUUAGAAGAAGACUGCGAGAAAAAACCAAUUUACAUCAAAGGUACAAAUAUUGAAUUUUAUCGUCCAUUAACUCUUGAUCAUUUAUUUGAUUUUCGAAAACAAUGUUCUAAUCCAAGUGAAAUACAUUUUAUAGCUGGUAAUACUGGAGAAACAUUUGAUGAUAUUUUUCAUCAACAACGUUAUCCAAUUCUCAUUCAUCUUUCUCAAAUUUCCGAAUUACAAAAACUAUCUGAAGAAUCCAAUGGUCUUACUAUCGGUUCUUGUGUAACAUUAUCUCAAUUAAAAUUUUAUUUUGCUUUAAAACAAGAACAUCAACAACUCUAUCGAAUAUUUCAUGAACAACUUGAUUUCAAUGCUAGUCGACAAGUACGAAAUCAAGCAACAAUUGGAGGACAUAUUUUAAAUCAUAGUCAUAAACAUACAUCUGAUCUUUUACCGAUCUUGUAUGUAUGUGAAACAAAAUUACGAUUUAUUCAUUUAUUAAAUAAAAAGAAAAUUGAAAUUGAUAUUAAAGAUUUUAAAACGAUGAAUCGAGAUGAUUUAUUACUUGUAUCAAUAUUUAUUCCAUUUAUACAGACAAAUGAAUAUCUUCAAUCUUAUAAACAAGCACAUCGACGUAAACAUGAUACUGGUAUUGUUACAUGUGCAUUUCGAUUGAAAUUAAAUGUAAAAGAGAACAAAAUUCAAUUAUUUAAUAUGGCAUUUGGUGGUUUUGGUGAUGGUCUAAUUUUAAUACCAGAAAAAACAAUAAAUUAUAUAAAUAAUAAUGAACAUCAAUGGACAAGAAAUGAAAUGAUGACAAAUGUGAAAAAUCAUCUCUUGGAAGAAAUACAGUUGGAUGAAUUUUCUGAAAAUGGUCAACCAGAAUAUCGUCGUGCUCUAGUAAUUUCAUUUCUAUUCAAGUUUUAUCUAUAUGUUUCUAAUACAUCCGAAGAACUUUUUCAAAAACAACGUCCUAUUUCUCGAAGUGAACAAAUAUUUGAUACUUCAAAACAAACAAAAUAUGUUCAUCAACCAACUAUUCAUCAUAAUGCUUACAUUCAUGCUACUGGUGAAGCAAAAUAUGUUGAUGAUUUGCCUUCAGCACAUAAUACACUUCAUGGUGCACUUGUUUUUAGUAGUAAACCACAUGCACGUAUUGUAUCAAUGAAUACAGAUGAAGCACAAACAAUUGAAGGUUUUAUUAAAUUUUAUUCAUAUCAUGAUAUUCCACCAACUGGUUCGAAUAAAUUUGGUCCAAUAGUAAAAGAUGAAGAAAUCUUUUCUUCGAAAAUGGUUCAUUGUAUGGAUAUGGUUAUUGGUUUAUGUGUUGCAGAUACAGAAGAACAUGCGAGACAAGCUGCACGAUUAGUACGAAUUGAAUACGAAGAAUUAACUCCAGUUAUUUUAACAAUUGAUCAAGCAAUUGAACAUGAAAGUUAUCUAGGUCCACCUGGUCAACAAGAAAGUGUUUUAGAAACUGGAAAUAUUGAAAAAGGUUUUAAUAAAUCAGAUCAUAUUAUCGAAGGAUCAUUCUAUAUUGGUGCACAAGAACAUUUUUAUAUGGAACCAAAUGCUUAUCUUGUACAACCAGUUAGUGAAGGACAUUACACACAAUUACAUGUUUAUGCAUCAACACAAGGUGCAACUUCAAUACAAGAAGCAGUUGCAGAAGCAUUAGGUCUCAAUGCAAAUGAGGUUAUUUGUCAUGUUUUACGUGUCGGUGGUGGUUUUGGUGGUAAAGAAUCACGUAAUAUUAUUCCAUGUGUAGCAACUGCACUUGCUGCUCAUCAUUUACAACAACCAGUACGUUUAUGUUUAACACGUGAAGAAGAUAUGAAAUUAACUGGUCAUCGUCAUCCGUUUAAAAUCUUGUACAAAGUUGGUUUUAUGAAAGAUGGUCUACUAAAAUCUAUUGAUCUUAAUCUUUAUGCUAAUGCUGGUUGUACAUUGGAUUCAAGUUUAUUGAUGAUAGAACGAGCAAUGACACAUGUUGAUAAUAUUUAUAAAUGUGAAAAUCUACGAGUUAAAGGACGAGCUUGUCGAACAAAUUUACCAAGUAACACCGCUAUGCGAGGUUUUGGUGGCCCAGAAGGUCUUUUAUCAGCUGAAUUCAUUAUCGAGCAUAUUCAUAGUUAUUUACAAUUAAAUGAUGAUCCAUCAAUUAUACGAGAAUUGAAUAUGUAUAAACCAGGUGAACGAACAUUUUUCAAUCAAGAACUUGAAAAGAAAGAUUGGUUUGUACCAAAAAUGUGGAAGAAAUUAAAAGAAUCAGGUCAAUAUGAACAACGUUUAAAAGAUGUUAAAGAAUUUAAUGAGAAAAAUCAAUUUCGAAAACGUGGUUUAAGUUUAACAGGAACAAAAUUUGGUAUUGGAGCACCAUCAGCUUUAUUAUUUCAUCAAGCUGGUGCAUUAAUAACAAUUUAUAAAGAUGGAAGUAUUUUAAUUACACAUGGUGGAAUCGAAUUAGGUCAAGGUCUUCAAAUGAAAAUGAUUCAAAUAACUGCUGAACAACUUGAUAUUGAUAUUUCUUUAAUUCGUUUUCAUGAAACUUCAACCGAUAAAAUACCAAAUACAACUCCAACAGUUGGAUCAUUAUCAGCUGAUCUUUAUGGUCCAGCUUUGAUCGAUGCUUGUCAACAAUUAAAUAAAAAUCUUGCACCAAUAAAACAUAAACAUCCAACAUUAACAUGGGAAAAACUAAUUGAACAAGCAUAUCAAGAACGUGUACAAUUAUCUGCUUAUGGUUUUUAUGCUGUAGCAGAAAAAUUUCUGAAAUCUAAUUAUCCAAAAAAUGAAAUUAAUUUUAUUUACUUUACACAAGGAGUUGGAAUGAGUGAAGUAGAAAUUGAUUGUUUAACAGGUGAUUUUCAUAUUAUAAGAACGGAUAUUCUAAUGGACUUUGCUAAAUCAUUAAAUCCAUUUAUUGAUAUUGGACAAAUUGAAGGUGCAUUUAUGCAAGGUGUUGGAUAUUUUACUAUGGAAGAACUUAUUCAGGGUGAUUCACAACAUCCAUGGAUUUCACAAGUUGGUUCUCUUCACAAUGCUGAUCCAAAUAAGUACAAAUUACCUAUGGCAAAUGAUGUACCAAUUGAUUUUCGUGUUACACUUUUAAAUGAAAAUGAAGGAAAUGAACGUACUGUUUGUUAUUCGUCAAAAGCUGUCGGCGAACCACCUCUAUUCUUAUCAGUAACAGUACUUUUAGCUAUAAAAUAUGCCAUUGAAGCUUAUCGAACUGAACGAGAACCAUUUACAUUAAAUGUACCAUUAACAUGCGAACGAAUAAGAAUGGCUUGUCAAGAUGAAUUAGUUGAUUCUGUUAUUUCAAAAGACAAAGAUCAUGUAUUUCAACCUUGUGGUAGUUUUUAA